GAAUCUCUGACCGGCGCCUUAGUGGGGAAGCUGGGUGGACGAGACUGCAGUAGUCCCUGGGAAGCCAGCCCUGGGCUGCGGGGAGACUACAUUGGUUGGCUCUGCCCUCCAGGAGCCAGGGCACCAGAGCUCCUACGGCCUCUACGUUAUGCAGCUGCUCUAGCAGACCCCAGGGACUGUAGAGUAGGAUGGGACAAGACUUAGACCUUCACUCGGCUCUUUCGAGCUUCCCAGCCACCCUCAUAGCCCCUACUCCCAACCCCCCACCUCAUCCUGCCCCCUGUCUUCUCCCAGCUUCGGUGUCCGGUUACGACUCCUCACUUCUCACUGUGACUUUGGCCCAGCUAGGGGAAGUGGCCCAGGAGGGUCCUGUGCGGCUGCAUAAAAUUGGCAGCUUCAAAACUGGAGGGAGGGGGUUGUGGGCGACGUCGAGAGGCGGGGAGAGGGGGCGGAGGAGUUGCUCUCCGAGUCCAAGCCCUUGGGCUCUCUCAGAGAUCCUCAAGCCGGAGCAGAGGGGGCUGGCAGGCCCAGCCUUUUGUUGGCCUCUGCUUUCUUUCCACUGCCUGCUUUUUCGGACCGGAAUCACGGCUGCUCUGAAGGGCUUAGUCCUAGACAGUAGGGUGCCACGAACGCGCUGAUGCCCAGAGCGCUCGCAGGGCUUCCAGCUAACCAUGCCACGGCCGCCGGCAGCUGCCCUGGCGCUGCCCUCGCUACUGCUACUGCUGGUGGUGCGGACGCCGCCCCCGACAGGCGCGCGACCGUCCCCAGGCCCCGAUUACCUGCGGCGCGGCUGGCUGCGGCUGCUGGCGGAGGGCGAGGGCUGCGCUCCCUGCCGGCCAGAAGAGUGCGCCGCGCCACGGGGCUGCCUGGCCGGCCGGGUGCGCGACGCGUGCGGCUGCUGCUGGGAAUGCGCCAACCUCGAGGGCCAGCUCUGCGACCUGGACCCCAGCGCCCACUUCUACGGGCGCUGCGGCGAGCAGCUUGAGUGCCGGUUGGACGCAGGCGGCGACCUGAGCCGCGGGGAGGUGCCGGAGCCGCUGUGCGCCUGCCGCUCGCAGCGCCCGCUCUGCGGAUCCGACGGCCGCACCUACGCUCAGAUCUGCCGGCUGCAGGAGGCGGCCCGCGCUCGGCCCGACGCCAACCUCACUGUGGCGCACCCGGGGCCCUGCGAAUCGGAGCCCCAGAUCGUGUUGCACCCAUAUGACAUUUGGAACGUGACGGGACAGGAUGUGAUCUUUGGCUGUGAGGUGUUUGCCUACCCCAUGGCAUCCAUCGAGUGGAGGAAGGACGGCUUGGACAUUCAGCUGCCAGGGGAUGAUCCCCACAUCUCAGUGCAGUUCAGGGGUGGACCCCAGAGGUUUGAAGUGACAGGCUGGCUGCAGAUCCAAGCUGUGCGUCCCAGCGAUGAGGGUAUCUACCGCUGCCUGGCCCGCAAUGCUCUCGGCCAGGUUGAGGCCCCAGCUAGCCUGACAGUGCUCACGCCGGACCAGCUGAACUCUACAGGCAUCCCCCAGCUGCCAUCCCUACAUCUGGUUCCUGAGGAGGAGGCUGAGAGUGAAGAGGGCGAGGAUUACUACUAGGUCCGGAGCUCUGGCCUAUGGGGGUGGGUGAGUGGGGACAGUAUUCAUCCCUGCUCUUGAAAAGACCUGAAAGGGGGAGCGGGGGCCUUUAAUCACUUUAAUGCCCUUAAUAGGGGAGACGUGGUAGUGGUAAGUAGGAAGACAAAGUUGGAGGAUAAGGGGAGAGGCAGAGACUAGGGGUGGUGGAAUGCUAAGAGGCCCAUGGAGGAAGUGCCCUGGCCAGGACAGUCUCCAGCGGGGACCAACCGGGCAGAAGACAGCAGCUGCCUGCUGGUCCCUAGGCUGGGUGGGGGUGUGGGGGCGCGUGAAGAGUGGGCACAAGGAGGCGACCAAGGUCCUCCAUUUCUUUCUGAGACCCCUCCCUCCAGCCCUGCUCAGCCAGUCUUUCUAAUUACCGCUCCGGCUGUUAUUUUUCUAGUCCCUAACCUUUGCCUAGCCUCAGUUUACCCUUCCUCAAAACUCACCUUCUAGAAAUUUCCCCCCUCACCUAAGUCCCAGUUGCACUUACUAACUGCAGUCCUCUUUGCUGUUGGCCAUCUGUUGUCUAGAAAAGCAUAAUGGAGCAUGGUUUAGUCCAGGGCAGUAAAAUGGGCAUUUGGUCAUGACCGGCUUCUGUCAUUCUGGAAACCCCACAAGGCCAGCACCAUAUCUUAUAGCACUCUGUAUUGGACAAUGCCUAGCACGGGGCUAGGCACAGUAGGCACGCAAUAAAGGAUUUAUGAACAAACUGA